UUUCCGCGGAAUGAUAAUGCGCACUAAGCACGAGACUUUGCUUCGCGACCUACGUCACAGCUCGUGCGCCAGAUCUAUAGCACGCCCUCUGUAUUGCCCAAUGCCGGACUUGUCCAGAAAUUAGUCAUAUAUCUAUAAUAACUACAACGUCUGAUCACCGGGAAACUGAAACGGAAAUUUCGUGCGAUUGUUGCAAACACAACUACAAACUAGAUCGUGGGUAGUAGCAGACGUUCACUUACAAGCUGAGAAUUACAAGUGGAACACUUCAACGUUUUGUGACAAACGUUUUACUCUUUUUUUGGAAUUCAAGUUGAAAUCUCAUCAUGGAGUGUUCCAAAAUCCUUUUAAUCAUCAUCAAUAUCAUUUUUAUGAUAUUUGGUAUUGCCUGCCUUGCGGGAGGAAUUGUUCUGAAAUUGGGCUUUGACGUCAUCAAAGAAGCGUUGGUUGCGAAGGGUUCAGACAUUGACUUCAAUCUGAAAUAUGCCGGAGAAACUCUAGGAAUAGGAAUGAUCGCUUUCGGCGUUUUCAUCUUGCUUGUCUCCUUCCUGGGAUGCGCAGGCGCAUGUUGUCGUGUCCGCUGCCUGCUUGUCGUCUACGCCAUCAUCGUCAUGGUCAUCUUGGUUGCGCAGAUUGCCGUUGUCGUCCUAGCUGUUAUCAAGGGAAGCGAGGCAUCAGACAUUUUGGACAAAGGACUAAAAAAAGCGUUGGAUGGCUACCACGAGGACCCCAAGAAAAAAGAUCCCAAAGACAAAUCUUUCGAUGCUCUUUUCUCUACGUUCAGUUGUUGUGGAGUUGACAAUUAUACUGACUUCAAAAGUCUCAACACCUCAUGGGACAAUAGAAAUCCUCAGAAGAAAAUCCCAGUCACCUGCUGCAAGGGAGUGAACUACGAGGACAUUACCAACAAAACUUUCGUAGACCACGCGCAAUGUCUGACAACCCCAACAAAAGGCAACGCCUACAUUGAGGGUUGCUACAGUAGUCUGGUUGAUGAAAUCAAGAAGUACAAGGGGAUCGCCAUAGGAGUUGGAAUUGUGAUCUUUCUGGUUGAGAUUGUCGUAAUCGGCAUGGCGUUCUUCCUGUGUAGUCGCCAUGACGACUAGCACGAGCCGUCACUAAGACACCUCUGCACGUGCACUCUAACAAUUAACCUGGCACGCGCACGAAUACAAAGUAACAUUUCAUAUCGGCGGGAAAUUUUGAUUAACGACAUCUUGAUAUGAAGCGGGGGGAAAUGAAGGCUUGGAAGAUUUUUGAUGGCUAGUGUCUUACAAAUUAAAUUGUUUACUGUUGUUUUUCGUGGGGGGGGGGGGGGAACAGCCAUCUUGUCUGUUGGUUGGACUUAAUGAAUCAAGUGAUUAAAUAUGUCGAUUUUGUGUAAAGUAUUUUUACUUAAAUUAUUUACUGUUAUUUUUAUUCUCUGGAAAAAAAACCCCAUCAGCCAUCUUAUUUAUUAAGUUGACUAACACAAUCACAUGAUUAAAUGUCUUCUGUGUAUAAAGUAUUUUUUACAUAAAAUUAAAUUAUUUACUGUUUAUUAUUUCUCGGGGGUGGAGGGGGUGAAUCAGCAAUCUUGUUUGUUACGUAGACUCACUGAAUCACGUGAUUAAAUAUGUCGCUUUGGUAUAAAGUAUUUUUGUUGGCAUCGAACAUUUGUGAUACUAAAUGCUAAGAAAUUGUAUCAAGAAAUUAUCAGGACAAUGUAAUAGUAAAUAAGUACAAUGUAAAUCUUAAAAA